AUGCAGAGCUCGCAGCCUUCCUUGGCCGCCCCGUCCCUCGACGGCGGAGGUGGCGGCGGCAACGCCCCCGGCAGCAGUGGUUCCAUCGUGGCUGCGAUGGGCCCGCAGGCUGGUGGCGCUGGAGGGGCUGCUGCACCGGUUGGUGUCGGCGGCGGCGGCGGCGGUAGCUGGGCGCAGCCAGCGCCCCUGGCUUUCGACAUCCGUGAGAUCGAACGGUUCAGAUACCGCGUGGAGGACACUCUCAAGAAGGUGACGCGAGUACGCGUGAGGGAAGCCAGGGCCGCCGAGCUGAAGGCGGAGAUCAUCAACUCUCAGAAGCUGGCGGGGUACUUCAAGGAAAAUGCGGGCGACCUGAAGGUGCUCCGGCACGAUAAGUCGGUGCUGCACCCCCUCCGCAAGCUGGACCACCUCAAGCACAUCCCGGACUACCUCAUGCCAACCGGCCUCCAGACUGGCGAAGACCCCACGCAGAGACAAAGGAAGAGGAUGAAGCGCGCGAGGGGCGGAGCGAAGCGUCGGCAGGGUCAGGGCCUGGACCAGGGCAGGCGAAAGGACAACGACCCUCUCCAAACCUUCGAGGCCUCCGAGCUAGGCGCGGACGGCAGCUACGGGGACGAGGAGGAGGACCGCAAGGAGGCGGCCAAGAGAAUGAACGAGGAGAGGGAGUCGAGGGUCAUGCAGACCGGAGACUUUUCCGGCGAAAGCACGUCCGGCCGAAGGCGCUGGCAGCAGCGGAGAGGGAAAGGGAAGCACGGCGGUGGCGGGAACAAAGGCCGUAGUAAGAAGACAGCCAACCGGUUCGACAUGCCCGUCUGAGAGAACGUGCCCGGGGUUUGCGAUUUGUUUGUCACGCUCGUGAAUUGUCGUGAAGCUGCGAAUUUUUUUCCUGUCUGCUGUUCUAUGUUGCCACGUGUUACUUUUUGUUUUAUUCUCCAAGCGUGGACGCACACGCGCGCACGACUACAAAACCUACAUGCAUAGGACAACAGUGUUUCACUGGUUUAAGGCCCACUUCUCGACGGUUCCUUCUGGCGUGUUUAUCACUACAAGCGAGGAGGGUUCGGAGUUGGGAUUUUGGCGUUUUAGGGACGAUUCCAGCGACAUCUUCUCUUGUAGAAGAAUUAGACCGUAAUGGCGUCGAGAUUAUUGGGGGCAUAGUCUGCACAGAC